AUGUCAUAUCCGUCAAACCUCGCAUCCUCCCCAGCAAGCCCCGACUGGAUGAGCAAAGCAGACAAUGCAUGGCAGCUCACGGCGGCGACACUAGUUGGGAUUCAAAGCGUGCCCGGACUCAUAAUCUUAUAUGGAGGGGCAGUGAAGAAGAAAUGGGCGGUGAACUCAGCCUUCAUGUCGCUCUAUGCUUUUGCUUGUGUUUUCGUCUGCUGGGUGACAUGGGGUUACCGACUGUCGUUUGGGGAUAAGCUGCUGCCAUUCUGGGGAAAGCCUGCUCUGUCAGUGGACGAGAAUUACCUCUUCAAGCAGGCUUUUCUUGGCCUGUUCCCAAACGCCACAAUGAUGUAUUUCCAGGGCGUGUUUGCUUGCAUCACCCUCAUUCUCGUCGCCGGGGCCGUGUUGGGCCGCAUGAACUUCUACGCCUGGAUGCUGUUCGUGCCUCUUUGGCUCACUUUCUCCUACACCUUCACAGCUUUCAGCAUCUGGUGUCCUGACGGCUUUCUGUCCAAGAUGGGCUUAAUAGAUUACUCUGGAGGAUACGUAAUUCAUCUCUCGUCCGGGGUUGCUGGAUUCACUGCAGCAUAUUGGGUUGGUCCGAGGCUGAACAAGGACAGAGAAAGGUUUCCUCCGAACAACAUACUGCUGAUGUUGGCAGGAGCGGGAUUGCUGUGGAUGGGAUGGACGGGCUUCAACGGAGGAGACCCUUACUCGGUAAGCAUGGACGCGUCCUUGGCUGUGCUGAACACGCACGCAUGCACCGCCACCAGCCUGCUCACCUGGGUCGUCCUCGACGUCAUCUUCUUCCGCAAGCCUUCCGUGAUCGGCGCGGUUCAGGGCAUGAUCACCGGCUUGGUCUGCAUCACUCCUGCUGCAGGUGUUGUGCAGGGAUGGGCCGCCAUCAUCAUGGGGAUGUGCUCGGGCUCCAUUCCCUGGGUCACAAUGAUGGUAGUGCACAAGAGAUCUAAGCUGCUUCAGAAGGUGGACGACACUAUGGCCGUGUUCCACACUCAUGCCGUCGCCGGAUCUCUGGGAGGCAUCCUCUCGGGCCUCUUUGCGGAGCCGAAGCUCAACUUUCUGUUCUAUGGCGCCUACAACAAAUAUGUGGGCCUCUUCUAUGGUCUCCAAAUGAGAGACGCCAAAACCGGCCUCCGACAGAUGGGGGUCCAGCUGCUGGGGAUCUUGUUUGUGACGCUGCUCAAUGUGGUCGCCACCAGCUUGAUAUGUCUCUUCAUUCGGCUGUUGAUGCCUUUGAGGAUGUCGGAAGAGGAUAUGGAGGUAGGGGACGAGGCUGCUCACGGGGAAGAGGCGUAUGCCAUAUGGGGUCAGGGUGAUAAGCUUGACAAUUCCGUUUCCAAGUACGGGAGUUCCUUGUACGACGAUAUUGAGGCUGCAGAUCAGGCCAGAAAGAAGCGCGCAGCUGCACAAGUUGAGAUGACAUAG